ACCAAACAUGGCGAACCAGUAACUUCUGUUAGCUUGUGUACAUUUGCUCGCAAAAAAAGCUAGUGUGUAAGUCUGUGCAGUACACGGACCUAAUUAGCUAAGCUGCGAUGGCUUCGUUUGGCUGGAAGAGGAAAGUAGGCGAGAAGGUUUCAAAGUCGGUGGUGAAGACCUUCGAGGCUGAGGAAGAGAAGCAGAAGGCUGGAGAUGUUGGACCGGGUCGGGAUGAGGAGGAGGAGGUGGACUGGCUGCACGCCAUCAAACGGCGGCGGGAGAUCCUGCUGGAGGACUGUGCAGCCAAGAGCAAGAGGCUGAAGGAUGAGGCUGCACUGCUCGCUGAGCAAGGCAGGCACUGGGAGGCCGUAAAGAAGUGGGACGAUGCCAUUCAGCUGACUCCAGACAACCCAGAACUCUAUGAGAUGAAGUCACAGGUGCUGACCAUUCUGCAGGAGGUGUUCCCAGCGGUGAAGGCCGCGGAGAUGGCGGUGAAGCUCCGCCCCCUGUGGUGGGAGGGCUGGCAGACUCUGGGCCGCGCCCAACUCAACCUUGGAGAGGUGGAGCUGGCUGUUAAGUCCUUCCAGGUUGCAAUCCACCUGUGUCCAUCAGAGCCAACGCUGUGGCAGGAAGACCUGGCCUGGGCAUGGAGGUUACAGAAGCAGCACUUAGCAACGAAGGAGAAACUGCGUCAAGAGGAGGAGACCAAACAGCAGAUCCUUCAUGCCCCUGAGCUUGAGCAGGACUUCGACUUUGAGUCAGAUGAGGUUCUGGCUGCGUGUGAGGCUGUUGCUGAGCGACAGACACGUUAUGAGGAGCUGAAGCGGACCGCCGUGGUCAUAGACUCUGAGGGAAAUAUAAAAAAUGUUCUUGCCGGAGAAGGGGGAUCUGAGGACCCAGAGACCCCCACAGAGGAACAGUUUGUCAAAGCGAGAGGACUUUGAACUGGUCUUGGAUUUGUAUGGAUUGUGUUGAUUACACUUUUCAAGUCUGGAUUGUGUUACUUUAGAAACCACCAAGGAUUAAAAACAAUCACAUCCAGAAGCAGACAUGAGAACUGAAGCAAAACAUGUGAUUUGAGUGCAACUGAAUAAAAGACUAUUUAGUUUCAAUAACUUUUUUUGUGUUUUCCCAUCCUUUAUAAAAAUCAAUUACUUUAAUGACAUUAUUUGGAUGAAUUUUGAGAACAGACUUUACCAAUCGGGAUGAUACUCGAGCAAAACCA